AUGAUUGCUUCCACAGCCGCGAUCCUUCUGCUACCGCUGCUAAUAUGCCUCCAGCACUACACGAUUGUUCGCGGAACCAAAACAGAAUGUGAGGCCAACCAGUUUCAGUGUGAAAAUGGCCGUUGCAUCCAGUCUGUUUGGAAGUGCGAUGGUGACGAGGACUGCAGUGAUGGCAGUGACGAAAUCUCUUGUGUCAAGAAAGUUUGUCCAGAUACAGACUUUGUGUGUCGUAAUGGCCAGUGUAUUCCAAAGAGAUGGCAUUGUGAUGGGGAGCCAGACUGUGAGGACGGGUCAGACGAGAGUGUAGAAAUCUGCCACAUGCGGACAUGCCGUUUGAAUGAGUUCAGUUGUGGAGCUGGUUCAACGCAAUGCAUCCCCAACUUCUGGAAGUGUGAUGGUGAAAAGGACUGUGAUAACGGAGAAGACGAGGUCAACUGUGGUAAUGUAACCUGUGCUCCAAAUGAGUUCACGUGUGCCAGUGAACGUUGUAUCUCCCGAAACUUUGUAUGCAAUGGCAAGGAUGACUGUGGUGAUGGGUCAGAUGAAGUGGAGUGUGUGCCAUCUUCCUGUGGCCCGAAUGAAUUCCAGUGUGGAAAUUCAUCAUGCAUCCCAAAUAGUUGGGUGUGUGAUGAUGAUGUUGACUGUCAGGAUCAGUCAGAUGAGUCUCAAUCACGUUGUGGUCGUCACCCAACCCCACCAGCCAAGUGCUCAACUAGUGAGAUGCAAUGCCUUUCCGGAGAAUGUAUUCACAAAAAGUGGAGGUGUGAUGGAGACCCCGAUUGCAAAGAUGGCAGCGAUGAAACAAACUGUCCCGUGCGUACUUGUGGAGCAGAUCAGUUCAAAUGUGAUGAUGGGAACUGCAUCCUUGGCAAUAGACAAUGUAACGGCAUCAGAGAGUGCACUGAUGGCUCAGAUGAAUUUAACUGCAAAAACUUGACUCAGUGUAAUGGACCUGAGAGGUUCAAAUGCCGCAGCGGGGAGUGCAUCGAAAUGAGCAAAGUGUGCAACAAGAACAGAGACUGUCCCGACUGGAGCGAUGAGCCGAUCAAAGAAUGCAAUGUCAAUGAGUGCCUGAUGAACAAUGGGGGCUGCUCGCACAUCUGUAAAGACAUGACAAUUGGCUUUGAGUGUGACUGCACUCCUGGGCUGCAGCUCAUUGACCACAAGACUUGUGGGGACAUCAACGAAUGUAUGAACCCUGGCAUCUGCAGUCAAAUCUGCAUAAACCUGAAGGGAGGAUACAAAUGUGAAUGCCACAAUGGCUACCAGAUGGAUCCCACUACAGGAGUUUGCAAGGCCGUAGGGAAGGAGCCCAGUCUGAUAUUCACAAACCGCCGCGAUGUUCGUCGUCUGGGUCUCGAGAGGAAAGAGUACACUCAGAUUGUGGAGCAGCAGAGAAACACUGUAGCUCUUGAUGCAGAUAUUGACCAGCAAAUGAUGUUUUGGGCCGACCUGGGACAAAAGGCCAUAUUUAGCACUAUGCUGGACAAGCGAGGAGAUGUGAGCACCCACAACAAAGUGAUAGAAAAUGUCCACUCUCCUGUUGGAAUUGCAGUGGACUGGAUAUACAAACACCUAUACUGGUCUGAUCUAGGAACCAAAACAAUUUCUGUUGCUAACUUUAAUGGAACCAAGCAGAAAAUUUUGUUUAAUAGAGGGCUGAAAGAACCUGCUUCCAUAGCUGUGGAUCCUCUGUCAGGGUUUCUUUACUGGUCUGACUGGGGUGUGCCAGCCAAGAUUGAAAAGUCUGGCAUGAAUGGAGUUGAUAGGCAGAUUCUGGUGACGACCGACAUCCAAUGGCCAAAUGGAAUAACACUUGAUCUAAUCAAAGGUAGGUUGUACUGGGUUGAUUCGAAGCUACACAUGCUCUGCAGUGUGGACCUGAAUGGAGACAACAGGAAGAAAGUGCUUCAGUCUUCUGACUACCUUGCUCACCCCUUUGCUCUUACCGUUUUUGAGGAUCGUGUCUUCUGGACAGACGGUGAGAAGAAAGCUAUCUAUGGUGCUAACAAAUUCACCGGAUUGGACAUUGUGACACUAGCCAGCAACCUGAAUGAUCCGCAAGACAUCAUAGUUUAUCAUGAGCUCAUUCAGCUAUCGGGAACUAACUGGUGUGCAGAGAAAGGUGCAAAUGGAGGCUGUAGCUACAUGUGUCUUCCUGCUCCACAAAUCAACAAACACUCCCCCAAAUUCACAUGUUUAUGUCCAGGUGGACAGGAAUUGGCUGCUGAUGGUCUACGCUGCAGGCCUGACUCUUCUACAAAAACCCUCUCAAAGGAGGAUAAGAAACCUGUAAUGCCACCUUCCCCAGAAGCCAAUGUGAGUACUUCAAUUCAGGUAAACACCACAGCCAGAGGAUCUGCUGCAGCUUGGGCCAUACUACCUGUGUUGCUUAUUGCGAUGACUGCAGCCGGUGGCUAUUUGAUGUGGAGAAACUGGACAUUGAAGAACCAGAAAAGCAUGAAUUUUGACAACCCAGUCUACCUGAAGACUACAGAAGAAGACCUCAACAUUGACAUCACACGACAUGGUGCCAAUGUGGGGCACACGUAUCCAGCGAUUUCAAUUGUUAGCACAGAGGAUGAUCUAUCGUGA